AGAGCUCCAGACCAGUAGCCCUACCAGCCAGCCCUUACCGUCUCCCCUGCAGAGCUACAGACCAGUAGCCCUACCAGCCAGCCCUACCGUCUCCCCUGCAGAGCUCCAGACCAGUAGCCCUACCAGCCAGCCCUACCGUCUCCCCUGCAGAGCUACAGACCAGUAGCCCUACCAGCCAGCCCUACCGUCUCCCCAGCAGAGCUCCAGACCACUAGCCCUACCAGCCAGCCCUACCAUCUCCCCAGCAGAGCUCCAGACCACUAGCCCUACCAGCCAGCCCUACCAUCUCCCCAGCAGAGCUCCAGACCACUAGCCCUACCAGCCAGCCCUACCAUCUCCCCAGCAGAGCUCCAGACCACUAGCCCUACCAGCCAGCCCUACCAUCUCCCCAGCAGAGCUACAGACCAGUAGCCCUACCAGCCAGCCCUACCAUCUCCCCAGCAGAGCUCCAGACCAGUAGCCCUACCAGCCAGCCCUACCGUCUCCCCUGCAGAGCUACAGACCAGUAGCCCUACCAGCCAGCCCUACCAUCUCCCCAGCAGAGCUCCAGACCACUAGCCCUACCAGCCAGCCCUACCAUCUCCCCAGCAGAGCUCCAGACCAGUAGCCCUACCAGCCAGCCUUACCGUCUCCCCAGCAGAGGUCCAGACCACUAGCUCUACCAUUUUCCCCAGAAUGGCUCUCUCCGGGUCGGGUGGCUUCCUCUCUGAGGAUCAGUUCAUCUGUUCUAUCUGCCUGGAUGUGUUCACCAACCCAGUCUCCACACCCUGUGGUCACAGCUACUGUCUGGACUGCAUCUCCACCUACUGGGAUGGAGGAGGAGGGAAGACGUGUGUGUGCCCGCUGUGUAAGGAGAGCUUCAGGAAGAGGCCGGAACUUCACAUCAACCGCACCCUGAAGGAGAUCACCGAGCAGUUUAAGAAGAUGGCGGACGGAUUGGACCGGGGGGCCAUGGUGUUUGAAGGAGGGAUUGAGAGUCAAGGUUGGGGUGGCGGUGGAAAUGAGGGCAUGUCAUACGGGGUUGAGCGUCCUCCGGUCCCUCCAAGACCCCCAGGGAUGGGUGUGAUGCCUGGGGAUUUGUUGUUGGAAAUGAAGACCAGGUUCCAACGACCUUCGAACUCCAGAACCCCUCCGCCCGUCCUCCACCCCCACCCGCCCUCACCCUUCUCCUCCAACACCACCGCCCUCUCGCCCCCCGCCCCUCCUGUUGUCCCACGCAGAUACACCCUGAGCGGGCCGGCUGAUUCCUCCACCGACGCGCCUCUCUGUCCUGAACACCAGAGGGGGCUGGAGUUCUUCUGCCGGACAGACCAGACGUGUGGGUGUGCCGUGUGCAUGGAGGGAGAGCACCAUGGACACCAGGUUAUACCAGCCAAGAGAGAGUGGCUCAUUAAGAAGUCUCAGUUGGAAAUCACAGAGGCAGAGCUGAGGGACAUGAUCACACAGAGAGAAAAGAAGGUGGAGGACAUCAGGACAUCACUGGAGAACAUACAGGUGUGUGCGGAGCAUGAGACAGCAGGCAGCAUGCAUGUGUUCUCUGCCCUGGUGAGCUCUGUGGAGAGGAGCCAGGCAGAGCUGUUGGAGGUGAUAGAGAUGUCACAGCGGGCUGCACAGCACCGAGGACAGACCCUCAUCAGAGACCUAGAGCAGGAGAUCUCUGAGCUGAGGAAGAGAAGUGCUACCCUCACCCAGCUAGCCCAGUCUGACGACUACGUACUUUUCUUCAAGGUUAGAGACACAUUCUCCACCCCGCCUCAGACCAGGGAUUGGUCGGAUGCUGUUGUGACCUCUGACCUCACCUCAGGGGCGGUGCUUCUGACUGUCAAUCAAAUGGUGGAGCGGUUUCGGGAGGAGCUCAAGAGACUGCCGGAGAUCUGUGAGUUAUGGCUGACCGUUGUAGAACUCCUAUACAUUCUAUCUAUGAGUACUAUCAUGCAGGAAUAUGCAGUGGACAUCACCCUGGACCCCCUCACCGCCCACCCACGCCUGCUCAUCUCUGACGACGGCAAGCAGGUGCGCUGCUGGGACCGCUACCAGCCCGUGGCGGACGGCCCCGAGCGCUUUGACCGUGUGGUCUGCGUCCUCGGGCGCCAGGCCUUCUCUUCGGGACGCCAUUACUGGGAGGUGGAGGUGGGUGGGAAGACGGACUGGGACCUGGGCGUGGCUAGCCACUCCAUCAACAGGAAAGGGAAGAUCAUAGUAAGCCCCGCCCACGGCUACUGGUUCCUGAGUCUCCGGGAUAAGAACGACUACGCGUUCCGAACGGAACCGUCCACAGCGCUGGGCCUCAACAACAAACCCAACCGUAUAGGGAUCUACGUAGACUGUGAUAAGGGACAGGUGUCGUUCUAUAACGUGGACGCUAAGAUGCUCAUCUAUACAUUCACCGACAGCUUCUCGGAUGUCAUUCAUCCCUUCUUCAGCCCUUGCACCAAUAAGUCUGGCAGGAACGAGGCACCGCUCAUCAUUUGUCCUGUCUCGAUGCCUCUGGUGGACUGA